CACUUUCUCUCUAUAUCUAUCUCUAUUUCAUUCUCUAAACUGCCAAAUAACGACGGAAAAAAAACUCUCAAUUUGCAGCCCUUAAACCUCUGAUACAAACUGAAAAGUUUGAAAAAUGUCGUCUGAGUACAGUUUUCUACUUGUUCCAUCCACUGGUUAUUCCUCAACUGGAUUGAGCUUUGAGGCUUUGAUGUGUUUUCUUGUGUUUCUUGCUUUGUUUGCCUUCUGGCUGACUCCAGGUGGACUUGCAUGGGCGAUUUCGAAGGCCCGGGCUCGGUCCAGAGCCGCCAUUCCGGGUCCCUCUGGCCUGCCGGUUCUGGGCUUGGUAUUCGCCUUCAAUGGCUCUCUCACUCAUCGAGUUCUGUCGAAGAUUGCUCUGAGGUUUAAGGCAACUCGUUUAAUGGCUUUCUCUGUUGGGUUCACACGUUUCAUCAUCUCCAGCCAUACUGAGACAGCCAAGGAGAUUUUGAACAGUUCUGCCUUUGCCGAUAGGCCUGUUAAAGAGUCUGCCUAUGAGCUUCUGUUCCACAGAGCAAUGGGUUUUGCUCCUUAUGGAGAGUACUGGAGAAAUUUGAGGAGAAUUUCAGCCACCCAUUUGUUUUGUCCCAAGAGAAUAGCCUGUUUUGGUAACAUCAGGAAUGAAAUCGGCCUCAAAAUGGUGAACCAAAUCGAGCUUUCCAUGGAGAAAUUUAGCCAUGUCGAGGUAAAAAAGACUCUUCAUUUUGGGUCCUUAAACAAUGUGAUGAUGACUGUUUUUGGAAAGUGCUAUGAAUUCAACACUGAAAAUGAUCAAGAUGGAGCCUUGCUCGAGAGUUUAGUGACUGAAGGCUAUGAGUUGCUUGGGAAAUUCAACUGGACUGAUCAUUUUCCUCUUCUUGGCUGGCUUGAUUUGCAAGGACUGAGAAAAAGAUGCAGAAAUUUAGUGGCUAAAGUUAACGUCUUUGUUGGGAAGAUCAUUGAAGAACACAGAUUGAAGAGGACAGAAAAUGGAAGUUUAGCAGAUUCCAAUGAUUUUGUUCAUGUUUUGCUUGAUUUGGAUAAGGAAAACAUUCUGUCUGAUUCAGACAUGGUUGCUGUUCUCUGGGAAAUGAUUUUUAGAGGGACUGAUACUGUGGCCAUUCUUUUGGAAUGGAUACUAGCUAGAAUGGUUCUUCAUCCAGAUAUCCAAGCCAAGGCUCAAUUUGAACUCGACACUAUAGUUGGGACUAAUAGAACAGUGACUGAUUCUGAUCUCCCUAAACUGCCCUAUCUUCUAGCAAUAGUAAAGGAAACCCUCAGGGUGCACCCUCCUGGUCCCCUCCUUUCGUGGGCCCGUCUUGCACUUCACGACACUUAUGUGGGACACCACUUCAUCCCAGCUGGCACUACGGCCAUGGUUAACAUGUGGGCCAUAACGCACGACAAAAUGGUCUGGUCUGAGCCGAAUGCUUUUCGCCCCGAAAGGUUUCUUGAUGAGGAAGUUGCCAUCAUGGGGUCUGAUCUUAGGUUGGCACCAUUUGGUUCCGGGAGGAGGGUUUGCCCCGGCAAGACGAUGGGCCUUGCUACUGUCCAUCUCUGGCUAGCUCAAUUCCUUCAAAAGUUCCGGUGGGUGGCUUCGGAUAAUGGAGUCGAUUUAACUGAAUGCCUCAACUUGUCACUGGAAAUGAAGCAGCCAUUGGUGUGCAAAGCUAUUCCCAGGAGUUCUUGAAGGAAAUUUGCAGUUGUCAAAUGUUUUGAUGGAUUGGUGUGUUACAUUACAUAUGGUGGUAUCUCUUUGUUCAUAACUAUCAUCUAUUAGUUUUUCUAUAAUUGGCUGUUACUAUAUUAAGACUAAAAAAAAAAAAAAAAAAAAAACCCAAAAAAAAAAAAAAAAUCCCAAAGAAAGAAAAAAAUGUGGGCUUAAAUUUGCUAUGUUAACUAGAAAAUUAACCAUUGGUAAUGAGUUUUUGUUUUGGGGUUUGUGGUGAGUCUGUCUGGUUAGAAGUUUCAUGCACUGUACACAGCUUUUCUUGUAUGGAAAUCAAUGCAAUAUUAAUAUCUUAUAUAUUCUUACAUUUUCA